GUUUUGAUUCGCAAGGUCGCAGAGCAUAGAAAAAUGGCGAUUCCAAUGGUUCUGGUUCCCGCCAUUUUGUCAUAUCUACUCUUUCUCUUAAAAUCCACUGCUCUGAUUCCUCAGAUCGAUUCUCAAAUCUCAUGCAAUAACCAGCAUCUGAUAUCCGAAUUGCACGAAGUCAAGCUCAAGAUCGCUCGGUUAGAAUCGAUCCUUGAGGAAAGCAUCCAAGACUUAAAUGCUAAGAGCAUUAAGCUCAGAGAAAGUGAAAAGCUAAUUGCAGAUAUGAACCACGAAAUUGAUCGUUUACACUCCGUUUUGUCCAGUUUGAAGAUUGAUUCAUCACAUGCUGAAGAGGUGCUUGGUGCACUAGAAGAAGAGGUUCGACUUCUCUGGGCUGCCUCUCGGAAAAACAACUUUGAGAUUCAUGCAUUAGAGGUUAAAGCUCAAGAUGCAGAGAAAAGAUUGGAUCUGGUUACUUCACAAGCUAAAAGGAUGACCGAUAUUGUUGCUGAGCAAUGGAUUCAAAUUCAGCAACUUGAACAGGCUGUUCAAAUCGCGGAAAUAAGAGCAUUGAAAUUUAAAAGGCAAGUAAGCUCCACAAGAUGCACAUUCGUCAAGUUCAUCAAACACAUUUUCGGCAACCAUCUACAAAAUUUAAAGCAGACGCUCGAUUUGUAUGUAUUUGACAAAGGGUCUGCUUUGAGUUCGUACAUGUAUAAAGCUUUGCAAUAUUUUGAAUGGACAUUGUCAGUCGCGAAGCAUUAUCAUCAUCAGUUGCAAGGCUUCAUUAAGCAGGAAAUGGAACGGAAUCAAUUUACUGCGCCUCUUGCGAACCAAGAAGUGGUAUUUUUCGUGGCUUCUGCUCUAAUCACCUUUCCUGUACUGAGUGCUUGGAUGUUUCUCUCCUCACAAUUCAGCUAGCUGGGAGCAGUCUUUGUGACAACGCAGAAAGGUGCUCGCUGAUUCCAUUUUAAAUCAUGAAUAUAUUGUCCGAAUGAGUCUCCCAUUAUAGGAAGGUUUGAAUUUUGUCUGGAUAUUGUUUGGUUUAACCUGGUUGUGUCCAACAGUGAAGUGAUACUGGAGUCUAAGUGCUUCAGCUCCACGAUUAUAGUCGAACUGGUUUGUAUAAAAUUGAAGUAGUCAAUGAAAGUAUACCAUAUUUAGGUUUUUGUGUUAAUAUGCAAUGUUCAUAAACAUACCGUUACUGUGAUAUCUUUGUUUUGAAAUGAAAUUGGAAUCAAUGUAGGCGGUGAAUAAUUUUUGGAGUUGGUAAUGCUGAAGUCAUCCCAAUAUGCAAUCACUUGCAGACUCCAUGUACCAGUAAAUAUGGAUGUUAUGAGGUUUGGAAUUCAAACUCAAGAGUGCAUAUUUAAUCCUUGCUCUUUUAUUUGAUCACUGAGCUAACUCGUGUGUUAAAACUUGUUAUGUUUUUCAACCUAUGCUUUUAGCUUGAAAGUCAUAUAGCAAGUA